CACUACUGUUAAGUAAAGGCCCAGUCUUUGUUACAAAUAUGACCUGUCAGGCGUGCUCCAAGUUGCUCUCAUAAACGGUGUGUUCCAAUCGACGUAUUUUAUUAUUUCAUUACUAGAUUUUAUUUAUUUAUUGUAGAAUCAUCUUUUCUUUAUCUAUUUACGGAAGUUUCCAUCAGAAAAGGAUUAGUUAUUUAAGAAAACUAAGAUUAUGUAAUUUAACCAUGCGGUGUGAAAUAUAGUCUCCCACUUAGUCAUGCUCAAAUACCAUUUUAUUUUAUUUGCAUAAAUUUGUUUUAGUUUUAUUGGUAUUUUAGCAAUCAGUAUGUCACCUGGUACUUCAUCGGAAGAUGUUUUGUUGAUGGUAAAUCACGUGCAUCAUAAAAAAGUGGAUGGUACAUUGUACUUGAUGAAUGAGCGAAUUGCGUGGAUGCCAAAUGGUAAGGACACUUUCUCAAUUAGUCAUAAAUAUGCCGAUAUUAAAAUGCAAAAAAUAUCUCCCGAUGGGAAAUCUAAAGUUCAGUUACAAGUGGUUUUACAUAGUGGAGAUAAUACAACUUUUCACUUUGUUAAUCCUAUGGGUUCUAGCUGGCAAUUACAAGAUAGAAAUAGUGUUAAGGAACUUCUUCAACAGCUUCUCCCUAAAUUCAAGAGAAAAAUUAACAAAGAACUAGAGGAAAAGAAUAAUAUAUUGGCAAAUGAUCCUGUUCUUUUUCAGUUGUAUCGUGAUCUUGUUACUACUCAAGUCAUUACAGCUGAUGAAUUCUGGGCAAAUUAUGUUAAAAAACCAGCUCAAAAUCAAAUUACCAAUUCAGAACAGGAAACAGGCGUUUCGGGUGCAUUUUUAAUUGGUAUUGCUCCACAGACAGAUGGCUCCUGUGGAAUCAAGUAUAACAUUACACCUGAAAUAAUUGACUCAAUAUUUCGUACCUACCCUGCUGUGAAGCGGAAGCACAUGGAAAAUGUUCCACACAAGAUUUCGGAAAGUGAAUUCUGGACUAAAUUUUUUCAAUCUCACUAUUUUCACAGAGACAGACUGAAUAUUAACUCCAAAGACUUGUUUUCAGAGUGUGCAAAGAUAGAUGAGCAAGAUGUGAAAAGUGCUAUUGAUCAAGGUAUUCCUGAUCCUUUUGUGGAUAUUAGUUCAUUUGAAGAGGAAAAAUUACUUGAUGAUGAUAGCAAAAAUAUUGUGAAUGCUCAUAAUACUCAAAAAGAAAUCAAUCAAAAUAUGAUCAGGCGUUUUAAUCACCAUUCUAUGAUGGUAUUGCAGAGUUGUUCUAAAAAGAAAUUGGAAUCUCCUGCUGAUGGUCAACCUAAUGCUAAAAAGCCUGCUUUAAAUAAUCAUGUUAAUUUGCAUAAAGAUAAUUCAUCUACUAAAUCAGAAAAGGACCCAAAAAAGGCUAUUAUUGAAAGCAAGACUGAAUAUGAAGAUCUAACUAACAGUACAAAGCAAAAUGUUAGUACUUUAAACUUAACCAAAGUAAGUCGCUAUCUUAGUGGUCCAGUUCCUUUGAUGGAUACUAAUGAUAUCUCUCCUGAAGAGGUUGCUAUGGCUGUAAAUCAUCUGAACCAUUCUAUUCAUAAUUGGAUACCUAAUUUACCAAAUGUGCUUUCUCCUAGCUCUGCUAUUGUUGCUCUUGGUGAUGUGUUACCAGGUGGAUCAUUGAUGAAAAAUAUGGAUGGUACACAUUUGAAAGAUUCUGUCCCAAUUGAAAUCCAAACUGAAAUGAAGCAGUUAUACUGUGCUUUGACAGAGCUGCUUCGUCAUUUUUGGUGCUGUUUUCCUACCACUACGCCUCAAUUAGAAGAGAAGGUUCUAUCUAUGCAAGCCAGUCUCCAGAGAUUUGAAUAUGCUAAAUUACAGCCUUUUCAGGAAAAACUUGUAAGAAAUUGUUUACAGCCUCAGUUAUGUGAUCAUAUGAGAAGUUUGUUACAGGCUGCUUAUAAAAAAUUUUCUACUUGGCAAAGCAGAUUGGGUAGAUGAUAAUUACUGUACCCUAGAUUGGUUAGAAACAUUUAUCUGUUGAGGCAUAUACAUUUUAAAAAGAGUUCUAGCUGUAUUGUUAUGUUUUAACUCUUGUGUUUUAUUGAGCGAAAAGAAAAAAAAUGGUAGUUUUCCUAAUCUGGAUGACCAAACCCUUUUCUACUAUUCUAAUUGUAAAGGAAUAAAAUUCUAAUUAGAUGCAUAUAUUCAUGAUGAACCAUAUAUUUUCAAAUAACUUUAAGCCUCAGUUUUCCACAUCAUAAAUUUAUUUGCAUUUAGAAGCUAUGUCAAACUUGUUUGCCAAGUACACAAAGAAAGAUCUAUGUAUGUAAAAUGUUACCUUUUAUUGUGUUUCAAGUCGGGGGGGGGGGAAUGGAUAAACACACUUUCAAGCUAUUCAAUGACUUGUAUGUUUUUCACUUUUUAAUGAAGAUUUUUUUUUUUUCCAUUAUUGUUACUUAAAUUUUUGACAUGUUUAGUAUUUGUUGAGAUACUUAUUUACGUGUAUGCAGGCCAUAUUAUGUUGUGAAAAAUUGAUUUUCCUAUGAUCUUAAUAUUGUACUUUACAACUACGUACCUCCAUCUUGCAUAUUUACUUCAAUAAUUGAUGUAUUACUCUCAUUAAUUCAAAACUUGUAUUUUAUAUUCUGGUCAUAAUUUGUAGCAGUUCUCUUUAAUUAUCAUGUCUGAAAAUAUUUCAGACUUUUGUUGUGGAAUGUGUUUUGUAUCGUAAGUAUUUUACAACCAAAAUGCACAAUUUCUAAUUUUGUAGAUAAAAUAUAUAUUGUUAGAAUCAUGAUUGUAGAAUGUUUUUGAUAGAAGAAAUUAGAUAAGUUAAGAAGUUUUUUUUAUUAGAUUGCUUUACUAUGUAUUAUAUUUAAAGUACCAAGCAUUUGCACAUUAAUAGUUGUGCCCUUUAUUUUAUUAUGUAGCAUCUGUCAAUUUGCAUUGCUGUAUUGAAUGCAGUGACUUGUCCAAAUAGAUCAAAUUUUGAUUUCAGCACAGAUGUUUGAGUGAAAGCAGCAUCUUGCCAUUUCUAUCACUAAAGAUAUAUUUUUGGUAUGAAAAGAAAGCAAAUCACUAAACUGAAUUUCGCUUUAAAAGACUUAGUGGUCAAUAGAUGCAUUAGUAUUGCACCUUGUAUUUGAAUGAUCAUAACUGAAUGUCAUUUUUUUCUCCCCAGGAUAAAAAAUUGUAAUAGUGUCUUUGAUAUGUGUCUUUUUUAAUAAAGAAGGCAUUUUUGUGCCAAUCUUGAAAUUGACAUAAUGAAAUAUUAUCUGGUAGUUGUUUUCCUUCUUCACACCUUCAGAUGAUACUGAAAGAAUAACAUUGUAAAAAAUGGCCGAAUUAAUUUGAGAAACUAGCUAAAGUUAAAUUACUGUUAUAUCUUCGUGUAUUAUACUGUAUAAUUUUUUUUUAAGUGUCUCUCUUUUCUAAAUAUAUUAGGUAAUUAUCACUUCUGUCUUUUCGAAGGCACAUGCACUUAGAAAAAGUAUUUUGCAUUUGUGCAAUAUCGUAUUAAAAUUUAUUUUUAGAAUAAUGUUAAUUUCAUUUUUGGUUAGCUUCAAAAUAUACAAUCUUGUGCCUCGUCUUAAUUCUACAUAUCACUUUUAGUAUUGUCGAUUUUUUAAAAAAAUGAAAAUUAGUAAAUUAAAGCCUAUGUUCUAAAAAGAACUUCAUUCCAUUGCAAGAUUCAUUCCAUGUGCUAUUUCUAUUCGGCAUUUUUCUUGAAAUACAAAA